CAGACAACUGGGUCAAAUCACCAGUGCAGGAGAAUUUAUCUCUUCCUUUUAUCUGAAAACUAUAACACUAUAGUGCAUGAACAGGAAAUGGCUUCAUUUCUCAAGAAAGCACGCAUGAGAAAAGUCUGUAAUUACGCCUUGAAAUAUGCUUUACCCUGAUAAACAGUUCUUUGUCAUUACAUUCAUUCUCGUUGUUGACACUUUCUUCAUGCAUGUAACAGGAGAUGACACGUCCCCUAAACAGGAACCAGCCUCAGAGCUGAAAUACGCAGCGAUCGGAAUAGGGGUCGGCGUGUUGCUCUCCAUCUGCUUCCUCGCCAUUAAGAUCUACAUGAUCAAAAAGCACAUGCUGGACAACGAACAGUCAGAGGAUUCUAUGAGAGUAUUUUCUCGAAGCAUCGACGCUGAAAGCAGGACUUAAUGUAGAAAAAAAAAAACGGGGUACAGAAAUGGACACAGAGUUUUAUAAUCUAUUGUCUGAAAUUUUAUUUUUUAUUUUAAAUAAAUGGUCUGUUAAAUCCUA